AUGAACGAGCUGGUGAAGAGCUUACCCUCCCCGACUCUCCCGGGGCUCCACCUGCCGUGUCUGGAUACCUACAAAGGCUGGCUCUUUAAAUGGACCAACUACCUGAAGGGCUACCAGCGGCGGUGGUUCGUGCUCAGUAACGGCCUGCUGUCCUACUACAGGACUCAGGCAGAGAUGGCACACACUUGCCGGGGCACCAUUCCCUUGGCAACAGCACACAUCGAAGUGGGUGACACCUGCCACUUGGUGUUAACCAGUGGAGGCCGAAGCUACCACCUGAAGGCCACCUCUGAGGGAGAGUGUCAGCGCUGGGUGUCAGCCCUGCAGCAAGCCAAGGCCAAUGCCACGCUCCUAAUGCAUCACUCAGAUGACUCAGGAGAUGAAGGCCCUGUACCUCAGGAGGACCGUGCCCUAACCCAAGGGGUGCUCAAGACUCUGGCCAGCAAGCUAGAUGACCUGAGCACCUGUAAUGAGCUGAUAGGAAAGCACGGCGCCGCUCUCCAGCGUUCCCUCAGCGAACUUGAGGAACUGCGUGGAGCCGCUGACAGCACAGACAAAGUGAAAGCCGUUAAUGAGCGAGCCACCCUGUUCCGCAUCACCUCCAAUGCUAUGAUCAAUGCUUGUCGUGACUUUCUGGAUGUAGCAGAAUCUCACAGCCGGAAGUGGCAAAAGGCCCUGCAGUAUGAGAGAGAACAGCGCCACCAUCUGGAGGAGACCAUUGAACAGUUAGCCAAACAGCACAACAGCUUAGAGAGAGCCUGGAGAGAGAAUCCCACCUCCUAUACAGGUGAGGCACAUCAAACACUUGAGGGGGAUGAGAGUGAUGAGAAUGAUGAGGCAGAGUUCUUCGAUGCCAUGGAGGACUCCCCUGCAUUCAUAACUGUGACUGCUAGUGGCGAGAUACAGCACAAGCGCUCAGGGAGUAAUCAGAGUAUGAUGAGUGGAGGAGUGCCCAAUGACUGGACUCACAAUGAAAAUGACACCUCAGGCACAAACCACAUGCAGCUACGAAGAACAAGACGCAGCCGUAUUCCCGACAAACCAAAUUACUCCCUCAACCUGUGGAGCAUCAUGAAGAACUGUAUUGGCAAAGACCUGUCCAAGAUACCCAUGCCUGUAAACUUCAAUGAGCCAUUGUCGAUGCUGCAGCGUUUGACUGAGGAUCUGGAGUACAGCGAGCUUCUGGACCGGGCAGCCCGCUGUGACUCGUCCCUGGAGCAGAUGUGCCUGGUGGCUGCCUUUUCUGUCUCCUCAUACUCCACCACAGUCCAUCGUACAGCCAAGCCCUUCAACCCUCUGCUCGGGGAGACUUACGAGCUGGACCGACUGGAGGAGUAUGGUUAUCGCUCCAUCUCUGAGCAGGUCAGUCAUCACCCACCAGCUGCUGCUCACCAUGUGACAUCACAGCGAGGAUGGACCCUGUGGCAGCAUAUCACUAUCGACAGCAAGUUUCGUGGGAAAUACAUUUCUGUUGUGCCAUUAGGAAACAUUCACCUGCAGUUCCACUCAAGUGGAAACCACUAUGUGUGGAGCAAAGUGACAUCUACAGUGCACAACAUUAUCGUGGGAAAACUGUGGAUUGAUCAGUCUGGGGACAUUGACAUUGUUAACAACACUACCAAGGACACCUGCCGUCUCAAAUUCUCUCCCUACAGCUACUUCUCCAGAGAAGUGCCACGUAAGGUGACAGGAGUGGUAGAGGACAGAGAGGGCACAGCCCAUUACAUCCUGUCAGGAACCUGGGAUGAUAAGAUGGAGAGUUCCAAAAUAGUGGACAGCAGCCAAGGAUGUGGAGGUUCUGAAGGCAAACAAAAGACAGUUUACCAGACUCUUCAGCCCAAACUCCUGUGGAAGAAAUAUCCCCUCCCAGAUAAUGCAGAGAACAUGCACUUUUUCUCCUCCCUGGCUUUGACUCUGAAUGAACCAGAAGAAGGUGUGGCACCCACUGACAGUCGUCUGCGGCCAGACCAGCGGCUGAUGGAGGCAGGUCUGUGGGAUGAAGCAAACGCCCAGAAGCAGCGACUGGAAGAACGCCAGAGGCUAGAGAGGAAAAAAAGGGACGCACAAGCCAAUCAGGCACUGGAGGAGGGGCAAGAUAUCGAGGGCUACCAGCCACUGUGGUUUGAGAAGAGGACUGAGGAUACAACAGGAGAGAACACUUACAUCUACAGGGGCGGCUACUGGGAGGCCAAAGAAAGACAGGACUGGACCCAAUGCCCCGAGAUCUUCUGAGACAAAAUUUCCUCUUACUCCACGGCAUCAGACAGCCUGAGUGGUUCCUCCUGAUGUGAGAAUACUGUGUGAGUUAAGGACAGUUGCUUGAGUGUGGAUUUGUGUGCAUGUGUGAGCCAGCUAUUGAAAGUAGCACUCACAUUCAGAAUUUCAACUACAAAACAAGUUACUAAUCUAUUCACUUCUGUUAUAGUUUGUGUUUUCAGGAUGCAUGGCCUCACUUUGUGUGUA